AGCAGAAAGGGGCAGCUACGCAGGCGCACUGCAGCCUGGCGCCGGGCAAACCGGGUACCGGCGCCCCUUGGGCGAGCGCGCCCUCCCCGGCGCGUGCCAUGGAGCAGCGGUUAGCUGAGUUCCGGGCGUCCCGGAAACGAGCGGGGCUGGCAGCCGAACCUAGCACUUCGAGCCAGAGAGCACCAACCUCGGGAGAGAAGGCGGAAGCAACUGCGACUCCAAAAGCAGCCCCAGGCUGGCUAAAACGGUUCCUGGUGUGGAUACCGAGGCCUGCGAGUGGCCAGGCCCGGCCCAGCCUUACUCAGGGAGCGGCUGAGCCCGGGAACCGAGCAUCCCAGCCACGGCGGAAUGCAGUCGCGCCUCCCCCGCCCCCGCGGGACCAGUCUUUCCGGACUAACAUCACCUUCCUGAAGGUGCUCCUCUGGUUGGUCCUGCUGGGACUGUUUGUGGAAUUGGAAUUUGGCCUGGCCUAUUUUGUCCUGUCCCUGUUCUACUGGAUGUAUGUGGGGACACGAGGCCCCGAGGAGAAGACGGAGGGGGAGAAGAGCGCCUACUCGGUGUUCAACCCAGGCUGCGAGGCCAUCCAGGGCACCCUGACUGCAGAGCAGCUGGAGCGCGAGCUGCAGUUCAGACCCCUGGUUGGAAGAUAGGACCCAGCCGUGCUGUCAGCUAGCCUCCCAGGGCCCUCUUCCCCCCGCGGGGUGUGGACUUGUAGGUUUGAUUUCAGGUUCCCAAGACUAAGGAAAACAAAGGACCCUGCAAUUCUCCAUUCUUUCCCUGGUCUCCUGCUGCAGUUUUAUAUCAGAACUUCUUUUCGCUUUUGGUGAAACUCCCGGAAAGAUACUCACAGUGGGUCUGAUGCAGUUUAUAAAAAUUUACAUACUGGAGAAGGGAGACCUGUCUGUCUCUUUAUUUGAGAGAGGUGGCUUUCAGAGCACUAGAAGUAUGUUGGGGAGAUAACUGUUUAAAAUAUCCACCUCUUUGAAGUAAUGGCUUGGUGUAUCAGGACUAUAUAUUAAAUGUUCUCUGUAAGUAUUUUCA